AUGGUACUUCCGUCAGUGCUACGGGGCAACGGCGGUGGUGGUAGCCGCGGCUCAUCCACGGGCCACACCUUGGAGACGUCUCUCGUCGGCAGUCUCGCAGAUAUCACAGGGAGCGACCUCGCUGAUAGCACCCUCGGCGCCCCGUCCCUCACAGAGGAAGUGCUGCGCAGCAGCCUUGACCUCCUCGCCAAACGUCUUCGACAAACCCAAGCGCGGGAGGCGCGACAGCGCACACUCCUUGUGGAGGAGGCCCUGCAGCACUUCACCGACAUUAUCCGCCGUCACGUCGCCUACCUGGAUAUUGCGGCAUCCUGCGCCGUCCUGGAAGCCACACGAAACGCGGAAGCACAGGCCAAGGCGCAGCAAGCUCAGCAAUGGCAGCUGCAAAUUUUGCAGGAUGCGCUGCGCGACACCAUCGCCGAAGAGGAGAAGCGCCGCAAAGCGCAUGAGCAGGCGGAGUUGUCGGUGCGCAGGUCACUAGCGCAGCUGCAACGUUCCGAAGUGCAUCCACUGCUGCUGCGCGAGGCCUUUUUUCGGCUUAUGCAUGCCGAGCACGUGCGGCGCUCCUUCCUGCAGCGGGAGGAAGCACGCGCGGUGGAGGCGAUGGGGAUUCCGUCCUUUAUCUCUCUUCCCUGCCGAUCGGCGCCUCAUGACGCGCCGUUUGGGUUCGGCGGUGGCGGCAAGGCAGACUCCAAGCAGAGUGUCGUAGGACUGAGCAAACUCGAUUUGAUGGCCCACCAGCGGUGCCCGUUUCGGUGUGCGGCUGACUGCCCAUACAUGCUGCAGCGCACUCGGCAACUGGGCAAGCGCUGGGCGGCUGCAGUGGCCAGCGGCGAGGAUACGCGUGCCACUGCGGCCUCGUUCCGACUCACCGAUCGCCGUGCCUCUCCGUUACCCGUCUCCCGACUGUCGCAGCGGUGGCGAGUGGCUGGAGUAGGGAUUACGGAGGUGGGCAAGCAGCGCGUGCGCAACGCGAUGGCGAUGGGGCACUACAGCGCCACUGACGAGUUUCUGCCUACAUUACGCUUGUAG